CAUGGGGCGCACGGAGCUGCACCCCGUGGAGCUGAAGCCCUUCCCCGAGUACCGGAAGCUGAGCAGCCUGGGGGGGUCGAGCCCCAUCAGUGGGCAGAGCCUGCGUUGGCCCCUUCAGCUCCCGCCUCCGGGCCCCAGGAUCCAGCUACGCAGGGGGCAGCCGCAGCCAGCGCCCAGAUGGGGGCCCGCUGGUCUCCCCAUCGGACGUUCUCUGCUGGACCCCCAGGCCCUGGGAGCGCCACCCCCUAGCCCGUGAGGGGCCCCCCACCCACCGGCCCCCCAGCCAGAGUGACAAGCAGGAUCCUGGCCUCAGCCAUCAGCGCUAGCCUGGCCUGCCACCAGACUGGGCCAGGGGGUGGCCCCUGUUCCCCCCUCCCUCUCAAUGAGUGGGGAGGGGCUGAUCCCUUCCCUCUCUUAAUUUCUGGGGGGGGUGUCACUGUGGAGCUGCCCCACUGAAUGUAACUGGAGUUGGGUUUGUUUUUGAUUCACAUGAAUUAAUGGGGGGUCCCCUGCCCAGCUGCGUGUAAAUAUGUGUAGGGCAGGGGCCUCUCUCCCCUCCCCCCGCUGGGGGGGCAGCAGGUUUGUUACAAAAUAAACUGAAAAACUGUUUAAAAAAAUGAA